GCACCCCGUCCCCUCCGCGCUGCUGCCGCUGGAGUUAGCUAGGAGCUGGAGGAAGCCCUAUCCGUCGUGACAGCCCGCUCCCCUCAACUUUUCCAAGUCUAGGCUGUGCCGGGGAGACGGAGACAGGGUUUUAUCUGUGUUUUCGAUGCAUGGGAGUGCCCUGGGAGCGGCGAAGGGAGAAGACAGUGCUGGUGGUCCUGACUGUUCAGCAGGAUGAGUGAGGCGGAGGGCCAGUUCUACAGCGUCCAGGUGGGGGACUCCACCUUCACUGUACUCAAGCGCUACCAGCAGCUCCGCGCCAUCGGCUCCGGGGCCCAGGGCAUCGUCUGCUCUGCUCUCGAUACAGUCCUCGGUAUACCUGUGGCAGUGAAAAAGCUGUGUCGGCCCUUCCAGAACCAGACCCAUGCUAAGCGUGCCUACAGGGAGCUGGUGCUGCUCAAAUGUGUCAAUCACAAAAAUAUCAUCCGUCUGAUCAACGUGUUCACGCCUCAGAAGUCCCUGGAGGAAUUCCAGGACCUGUAUCUGGUGAUGGAGUUGAUGGAUGCCAGCCUAUGCCAGGUGAUUCACAUGGACCUGGACCAUGAGCGGAUGUCCUAUCUGCUGUACCAGAUCCUCUGCGGCAUCAGGCACCUGCACUCUGCUGGCAUCAUCCACAGGGACCUGAAGCCCAGUAACAUCGUGGUGAAGUCUGAUUGCACUCUAAAAAUCUUGGAUUUUGGUUUGGCUCGGACGGCCUGCACUAACUUCAUGAUGACCCCUUAUGUGGUGACCAGAUAUUACCGAGCCCCAGAGGUCAUCCUGGGCAUGAAAUAUAAGGAGAAUGUGGACAUCUGGUCAGUGGGGUGCAUCAUGGGAGAGAUGGUAAAGGGAAGCGUCAUCUUCCAGGGAACCGACCACAUCGACCAGUGGAAUAAGGUGAUUGAGGUUCUGGGCACGCCCAGUCUAGAGUUUAUGAACCGACUGAUGGAGACUGUGAGGAACUAUGUGAUGAACAAGCCGCAGUAUCCUGGCGUCAGCUUUGCUGAGCUUUUCCCAGACUGGGCCUUUCCUUCUGACUCAGAACAUGACAAACUCAAGACGGGUCAAGCACGGGACCUGCUGUCCAAAAUGCUGGUCAUUGAUCCUGAAUGCCGCAUCUCCGUAGAAGAAGCCCUCAAUCACCCAUACAUUCACGUGUGGUACGACCCCGGAGAGGCAGAUGCGCCUCCGCCCCAGAUUUCAGAUAAGCAGCUGGAAGAGAGAGAGCACUCCAUCGAGCAGUGGAAAGAACUUAUUUACGAAGAGGUGAUUGACUGGGAAGAGAGGAACAAGAAUGGACUGAUGAAAGAAGACUGCUCAGACGUGGUGUCAGGUUCGGCCUCGCAGUCCUCGUCAGCCAAUGACAUCUCGUCCAUGUCUACGGAGCACACGUUGGCCUCGGACACAGACAGCAGCAGCAUCGACACACUGACAGGACCGCUGGAUGAGAGUCAGUGAACACAGUCCAUGGCUUGCCUCAGUCCUCCCUUCUCAUUUACAAUAUCAAAUAUCAAUCAACCAUCACCUUCUUUUCUUCAGAUCACUCAGUUUUUUUGUCAUGCGUAUUUCCUUUCCUCUUAAACCUCAGUGAAUAGGUCUAUUUUUCUAUUUACUUUCUCUGGUGGAUCUCGUUGAACCUCUUCAACAUCAAACUUUGUUUUGGACUGCUGCCUAAAGGUCAAAGCUGUCUAUUCUAUCUGUUGGGUCAAAAGUGAAUCUUUCUCUUCUUUGUGGAAAUCGUUUACCUUCAUCAAGUAUAUAUGAUGUAUGCAUCCAUAUUGAUUUCCAUAUUGAGUCGGUGGGGGAUUGUUGUUUAUUCUGUAUGCCUGUAUUUUAAUAGUUUUAUUUUUUUAGCUAAUGUUAUGUUGACAGCAGAGGUUAUCAGAUUAGAUCAGACAAGCACUGAACAUAGACCACAGCUGCCAGCUGCUCUCAUGCAUGUUACGCCAAUAUGAACAAAAGCUUACCAUGAGUCGAUUGCACCAACUGACUGAUAUCAAACACUCAUCCAAAGGUUGGUCGAUCCGUUAACUAGCUUGCAGUAUUGCAGACCUCCACAGUGGUGCUUCCUGCACUGUGUUUUUUAAUUAAUCGCCUUGAGUGAUGUGGAUUUUAAGCUUUUCCUCUUGACAACUAGGGGAAGCUGUGGUUGCAGUGUUAUAUUUUUAUUUCCUUAUAUAAUGUACUGUAUGUGAAGUCACGAUCAUGUCUUGAUCUGACACUCAUAGUGGCUGCAUUUCAUUACUAAUAGAUAAGGUGUGCUCAUUUUGUUAAGAAAGUCAACAUUUCUAUAGAACUAUAUAUUGCAU